GCUCUCCGCCUCCACCCCGUGCGAGUUUGUGGAUCCUCUGCCCCGCGAGUCCGUCCCAGGGUGUCUUCGGUAAACCGAAGGACGACGCAACAAAGUCCCAGCCAUGGAAGACGACAACAUAAUAAUACCUAUUUGACUCGAGGAGCUCUUCCAAGAUGCCAGGCCUUUUGUCCAGUCCUGUAUGUCUGACAGUCAUCUGGUUUUUAUCUUUGUCACUGCCUCCCAGUUGUGCUCAGAUUCAGACUGAUGAAGUGUCAGGUGUUCAGUAUGGGCAUUUACAGUGGAAUGUGACACUGGCAUGUGGGAAUUCACAAAUCAGCAGGAUACCUGUGGUGUGGCAUCUCAACAACAGCGCAGUGCUGCCAUGGCACAAAGUGACAUCAGAUGGAAGAUUAGUGCUUCUGAGCGUCGACCAGUCGGCGCAGGGCAAUUACAGCUGCUAUGACAACAGUGGACUCCUCCUCCAUUCUGUUAAUCUCAGGCUGGGCUAUCCCCCUGGGCAUCUGCACAUUUCCUGUCGACUGACCAAUCAUUCGCAUGUACGCUGCUACUGGAGGGAAUCUGUAAAGACCUUCUUGCCAGCCACGUACAGUGCCUUCCUCAUGGGGAAGGAGAACGCUGAAUGGAAGGCAUGCAACAUCGAUGUCACCCACAAGCACUGUGAUGCAGAUGACCAUAAUUUCUACAACACCAUGCAUCUUCUUAAUGUCACAGAGACAAAUGCUCUGGGGUCACUUUCAACAUAUUUCCAAAUGCGGAUGUUUGAACAAUUGAAACCAGACCCACCAGAAUCUGUUUUGGUAGAGAAAGUUGAAGACUUUCCACAAAGACUGAUGGUCUCUUGGAGUUAUCCUUCUUCCUGGCCGAAGGAUCGUGACUGGUACACCCUAAAGUUUCAAAUGAGAUACAGGCCGCAGGGCUCUAAAUAUUGGUCACAGAUCCCCACAAAGGAAAAUGCUGUCAUGAUAUUUGACACACUGGCAGGGCACCUCACUGAGGUUGAGGUUCGAGGCAUGGAUGCGCACAUCUCAGAGAGCCAGUGGAGCGAAUGGAGUCGUACGAUUUUUGGCAGGCCGUGGGAAGCCUCCACCACCCCUGACCCCACAGUGGACCCAGACGUUGAAUUUCCAGAGGACUUUCUCUUCACCACACAGCCUGACAGCACCACCACAAAGUCGUAUAAUGUACUUGAGGAUGAAGGUAAUUUGGCGUUAGUGAUUCUCCUGGUUUUGUUCUCCAUGUUCAUCCUCACCUCCGUCCUAUCCCUCAUCUUUGUUGUGCGGAUGCGACGGCGGCAGCGGGAACACGCCACCAAACAAGAACUCACCUCCAUGGUGAAGAUGAAGGCCAUGCCCAUUUAAUGUGAGACUCCCAGAGUGCAUCCCUUAAGUUUGAAGGUGUCUGCUAGCUGUCAGCUCCACCAUUAAGUCAGCAUCUUUCCUUUUACCUCUGUGACAUGCUGACCGUCCAUAUUCAGCCACAUUAAGCACAUCGUAUGCAAGACAUCCGGGAAAACAUGGACAUACCCACAGAGGGGUCUGUUAUCCAGUAUUUAACAGCUGAUUCAGUGGGUAACUGUGCCACCCAUAAUGCAUCAACACACUCCGUACAGCAAAGACAUCAUCUGCUCACAUCAGCAGACUUGAGGAGAAAUUCUGCACCAGGACAUUUUUUGCUUCAGGUGGACUGACUCUUCAGCCAUUUUGGUGAAGGGUUUCUGUUGAACUUUAAAGCAACAAAUAAGAUGUGCAGCUGCCAAACAGGAGAACAUUUAGUUGUUGGGACAAAAGGCCUCGUCUCUCUUCCACCACCCAGAACUUUUCAUGCUCAGUUGUUUUAGUUUCUUUGUGAGGAAGAACACAUUCAUUCAUCGACUGAUUAUCUGACUGACUCAAUGCUGUGAAGGAAGCGUAAUCUCUGCCAGCAAGUCUGCAUUUGUGUGUGUGUGUGUCUAUCUGAUGCCAAAGCAGCAACGAUGAGCAUUAUGUCCUCGGCUGGGGAAGGGGGCAGAAAGUGAUCUUUAACCUGCUCCUGGCCUGGGGGACCUCAUGGACAUCAAAUAUCCAGGGAGGGCAGGUUGAGUGAUACUAGACUUAUCUCAUUUAUGAUGAAAAACUUUAUGUUGCAUGUUACUUCCUGUUAUGUUUUCUGGUAUUUUAAGUACAGGUAGUCUUUUAUUUCUUUUGUUUUUAUACCUCUUUCCAUCAAUCCAUCCUCUGAUCAUAUUUAUGUGUGACUGAAAGACACACAAUAAGAAAAAGAGGGAGCUAUACUGGCCUUUCACAAAUCACCAGCUUUAGGAUGUUACCUAGUUAUUUAGUUAGAAUUAAAUGUUAAACAUUAUAUAUGAAACAGUUCUUUUCAGAUGACUAAUAACUGCUUAAUAAAAGCAAUGUUGAAAUUGGAUAUAGAAAAUGUCUAACAGUGGUAGACCAUUAUGAAAAUAUUUUACCUUUAACUGUCUGCUAAUAUGUAGGAUAUUUUCAAAUAAAACAAUCAUUUUAUCUACAAAAUUAUAAAAGAAGAUGUUGGAGUUAAAGUUGAUUAAAUGCAGAAAUUAAUAAUUGAAAACUAAUUUUGGGCAAUGAGUAAACUUUUAUUUGCAUUAUGUGCAGAAUUCAGCAAUGAAUUUAGAAGCAGUGUAUUGCUUAUGAACUAAAGUUCAGUAACUUCUGGUUUGCAAACACUUUAAACAAAUCAGCAUUUUUCCAUUUACGAACUGGUAAAAUGUUUCUUGCAGAUCUCAGAUUAAACAUUAAUGUAAUGAAAUCAGAUAUAUAUGACAGGAAGGAUGAAAAUUUCCAGAUUUAUUUGUGAAAUGGUAACGAGUUAGUGUAAGCCUGUUUUCCUUCUAAACACAGCAGGAACAAUAUCUGAUCUGAUCUAACAGACAAGAAGCACUUCUGUGUUGUGAGGGAGGACGUGAGGGAGGAGAGACUAAAAGGUAAUGAUACCAUUAUCUUGUGAAAUAUUUACUCAGACUUGUUAAUCAGUUAAUCUAAAAUUCAACAUUUUCUCUUAAAAUUCCUGUUAUGACAAACAAGCUGCAGAAAGAUGAGUAACAAGGUAAUGCCAUGUUUAACCUCUCACAGUCAUGUACAUUACAAUGUUUGUUUCAAAACCUUAAGAAAUAUUAACAACUUUUUAAAACUUAAAACCUUAAAAUAAAUGCUAUUAAAAGAAAGAAAUCGUUUACACCUCCAGUAGUAAUUGUGUGAAAUGAGCACAGUAUGUGAGGAACGAGUCUUCAUCGAGUUCACGUUUCUUUCCCUGUGUGGAGGGAGCGGAGGUUUGGUGGAGCUGGUGGAGGAACAUACCUUGUGGUCGCGGCAGCAGUCCACACACAGGUGCUCUCAAUGACGCCCAUCCCAAGCCAGCAUUAACUCGCCAUGAAAUAAGAAUGUGUUAUCUUGCCCAGCUCUAAUAAAUUCUUUGCUUUAGAUUUUAAAAAGUUACAAAAACAGAUGCAAUAUUACUUAUUAAACAAGGGGAAGUAGCUGUGGCUUUAAAGCAUUAAAAAAGGGGAGUAAAGCUAGUUAAGAUUGAAGCACAUUGUUUUCUAUUCAUUUAAAUCCUUAGUCAAAGGUUGCUGGGAAAUGAUCACAGAGAUGGUUGCAGGUUCUGUUACUCCCCUCCACCCUCGAAUACUACCGUUUGUUUCUUUUAGCCUGAAAGCCCCUGUAAUGUUUGUGUCUGUAGCUUGGGUGGGUGCAAAUGAAAGUGGAAGAAAGUUCAUGAGAUGAAGGUUAACAUCAGCAGGAGCCACAGAUUGGCUGUCCGGCCUCUGUUUCUGACACGGCUCCUUUCACAUAAGUGAGGUGCUUUGUGGACAUUUACCUUGGAUGUUGGCAUGUGGGCUCAAACAGAGUGGUGUGUGUUCAGCAUGUGAAUUACAUUUACCUUUUUUUUUUUUUUUUGAGGGAACAGUAAAUGUUUGGUGGAAAUGAACAGUCGCGUUGCCACGCAUCAGCCACAGAGCGGGAUGGUCAAGUAGUCAUUAGCUGGUCAGUUUAGCCUCGAGUUUAUGUAGCUGAGUGUGUAAGCGGUAAAGUAACAUUAGCCAAUCAUACACCACCGACUUGUGGAACGUGUUUGACUUGUGCAGUCAGCACCUACCUUCUGAAAAUCCCUCUAAUGAAGUCUACAAACCUUGUGUGCUGGUUGACUUGCUGCUGCAGACUGAAUCGAGUCUUUCUUUUAGUUUUAGAGCUUACAGGUUCUACUAAUCCAAAGUAAAGUUUUAUUGACAGAGUAUGUAUUUUCAGAAACACAAGGUGCAUCUAAGUCAAACUUUGUCCAGUUUGACGACUGUAUGUUCUCUAAAGCUAGCUCCACAUAUUAUGCAUGGUUCCAGUUGAAGCUUACAUGUAUGUUAUUAUUGUAUAUCACACUUUAAAACAUGUUAUGAUGUACGAUGUACGUUGUGUUUAUAAAUCUGUCCUUUCGGGGAGGUUGUUUCACAGACAUGGUUUGCUCCGUCUUUUAUAAAUUUUAUAGGCAUUUAAAGCAUUUCAAUACCAUAUAAAUAAAUAAAAAAAAUGAUCAGAUUCAAACACAUUACAGUGUUUCUGAAGGCAGGAAACAAGCAGUAGAGACUGAGGAGAAUCCAUGUCUGGAGCGCCGUCCCAGCGUUGUGUAUUUAUGUCUUUCUGCCCAGUUUCAUGAAGCUGUGUUACUCUACACCUACUGUAUGGACAGUGUGUUUACUGGUCUUCAACUAAUAUGCUGUUUUAGUUUAUUUCUUCACGUAAUGCAAACCACAAAUGAGUCUUUUUUUUGUUUUGUUUUGGUGCCAACAUUCAACAUUGGGUUCAUUGUUUUAAACUUAUACAGUGUAAAUUCUGUUAUUAAAUUAGCUGUUUAUACAGCGGAGCUACACAAGAAUGUCAACCUGAAAGCUCAGUUAUACAGCUGACUGACGAGAGCCUCCACAUAUUUGCUAAUUUGAUGGGCAACUAGAAUAUUUUUUAAAAAAGUUGACAGCAAAAUGAAAGUAUUUUUUUUUCUUUUGCUUUGAUAAAUUAGAUUUGACCAAUAGUCCUUUAAGUGGAUUUUUCUGAGGGCACAGUGCAGUAUCAUUGAUCUUUGUUUACCCUGUUUUUAUGCCUCCUUUAUACCCUUUCUGUCCAUUGAAGCAUGUGAUGAGACAUUUCUGUUUCACUUUGGUGUUUUUUGUUUUUUCCCUGUUUUCUGUGGAUGGAUUGGACUCAGUUUCAGUGUCCUGUGCAGUCAGCGUCAGCAGAUGGUGCCUGCGGGUUUUAGUUCUUGGAGCUCAAAUACACUCAGGCAUCCACUCUCAGAUGUACAUAGUCUUUUUUUCUUUAUGUGUACAACAGAUAUCACCAUAAGCUGUUUUAUUUUAUUAUUUUUUUUCCCUGUCCUGGUAUGUUUCUGUGAAAUAAAUGCUAUUUUAUCACA